AUGAAAUCCUCAUGCAUGAUCUCAAAUUCAAUUCCCGAUGAAAAGAUGAUAAAAGAUUCCAACUUAAUUGAACAGGUCACCCUGUUUCAACAACAACAAGUUCAUGCUACCGAAUGGAUGGAUGACAUGGUUUUUCAUAUUUUACAAUUUAUAGAUUCCGAAACCAUUUUCCGAGUGUGUAUGUUCCUUUCAAAACAAUGGUAUUUAAAAUCUCUUGAAAUUCCAUUGAAGAUUACAAAACGAAACAAGAUUCUUGAUGAUCUUUUUCUACCUUUAAUGGUUUCAUGUAAAAAUAUUAAACAUUUGACCUCUCUUGAUUUGAGUGAGAAUAAUCUCUCACAUGAAUCGAUCGUUGCGCUCACUUCAAGUCAAUAUUUGAACCAUCUCAAAGAGUUAUUUUUAGGAUCCAAUCCACUGAUGAAUGAGAGUGUGAUUGAGAUUGCAAAGAAUGAAAACUUUUCAAACUUGACCUCUUUGAACAUUGAAGGUAAUUGGUUGAGAGUGAGUGGAUAUAAAGCCAUUGCAAAGAGUAAAUAUUUGAAAAAUUUAAAGUCUCUUCAUAUGGGAAUGGUUCGAGUUGGCAAUGAAGGAGUUGAAAUUCUUGCUAGGAGUAAAAAUAUGUGCAAUCUUACUGAACUACAUUUGAAUGGUCCACAAAUCACUGUGAUUGGAAUACAAGAACUGGUGGCAUCUACUUGUCGUUUCGCUGAAAAUUUAUUGACACUUGACUUGCAACACACUCAUCUGAAAGAUGAAGGAAUAGCGAUGCUUGUGGGAUGUGAAAGGAUGAGAAAUCUUACCUCCCUCGAUCUCUAUCACACAGAAAUUACAGAGAAGGGAGUUUUAGCAAUUACGGACAGUCCAUUCAUGAAAAAUCUCACCUCUUUGAAUAUUGGUGGAAAUGACAUUGAAAGUGUCCAUUCAAUAGCCAAAAGCGAAAACAUGAAAAAUUUAAAGAAACUGAAUGUCAAAGAAUCAAGCUUGAAGGCGCAUGGAAUUGGUCAUCUCGCUUCGAGUCCAAAGAUGCAAAAUUUGGUGAAUUUACAUGUGAGUUUUUGUUCAGUGAUGAGUGAAGGGCUGAAAUGGAUCAGUGAAAGUGAACCUUUGAAAAACUUGACCAAAUUGUCAGUCGACUAUUGUCGCAUCGAUAUCGAUGGUGUUCGAUCAUUGACAGAAAGCAAAUUUUUAAGGUUGAAAAAACUCGAGUUAUCAGGAAAUAGAAUGGAUGAUCAGGCAGCUCAGCUGAUCGCCCGCAGUGAAAAUAUGAAACAAUUGACCAAAUUGAGUUUAAGUAUGAACAAAAUUAGGUCAGAAGGAAUGAAACACAUUGCACAGAGCCCAUAUUUAAAGAAUUUAAAGAUUUUAAAUUUAGGAACCAAUUCGAUUGGAGACAGUGGUGUCGCAUUUAUUGCAAGUAGCUCAUUCUUGACAGGUUUGACGAGUUUGGAUUUGUCAUGCAACAGUAUAACAGAUGAUGGCUUUCAUGCAAUUUCAAAAAGUGUUACUUUGGAAAAUUUGACAUCCCUCAAGUUAGAGUACAACGAACAUUCUGAAGAAGGUUUGAAAUUUAUUGCCUUUAGUGAAUGCUUAACUUCAAAACUUGUUGAUUUAAAUAUUUGUACAGAGUCUUUUGACGAAAAGAAACGAUUCAAGAAUGUUUCUCUUUCAUCCAUUUCUUUGAGAAAAUUGAGAAAUGUCAUGUUGAGUUUCGAACCAAUUUCAAGCAACGAUCAUACUACUAGUUCUCGGUGGUACUUGACUGCUCUUUCUGUACUGAUUGCUUUAAUGUCAUUGAGUUUCUUGUAUCACCUCAGAUGA